AAAAUAAACAGAGAGAAGAAAAGAGAGGAAAAACGGAAGAAAAGCUUAAAACCUCUUCAAGAACACAUGAAGUCUUCAUCUUGUUCCCCUUCAAAGUUUCUGGAUUUGGGAUCCGCGAUCGGACAAAAAGAAGUGAAGAAAAUUUUGGUCUUAUUUCUAGGCCUAGCUGCUACAUGUCUUCUUCUCUACAAAACAGCUUAUCCACUUCGUCAAGAGCUCAAUGUCAAUAAUCUCAACUCUCCUCGUCCUUUGCUCGAUCACACCUCUUCGUCUUCUCCACAAACAAGAUCAAAAUCGAUCAGUUUUAGAGAAGUUUUGGAGAAUGCAUCGACAGAGAAUCGAACAGUGAUUAUCACAACGUUAAACCAAGCAUGGGCAGAGCCAAACUCUCUGUUCGAUUUAUUUCUUGAGAGUUUUCGUAUCGGACAAGGAACACAGAGGCUACUUCAACACGUGGUUGUAGUUUGCUUGGAUUUCAAGGCAUUUGAUCGCUGCUCACAACUUCACCCAAAUUGCUACUAUUUAGAAACCUUAGGAACUGAUUUCUCGGGCGAGAAACUCUUUGAUACUCCAGAUUACCUCAAAAUGAUGUGGCGGAGGAUCGAGCUUCUCACACAAGUGCUUGAAAUGGGAUUUAACUUCAUCUUCACGGAUGCAGAUAUAAUGUGGCUUCGAGAUCCAUUUCCUCGGCUAUAUCCAGAUGGAGAUUUUCAGAUGGCCUGUGAUCGAUUCUUCGGUGAUCCUUAUGACUCAGACAAUUGGGUAAACGGAGGCUUCACUUACGUGAAAUCGAACCAUAGAAGCAUCGAGUUCUACAAGUUUUGGUUCAAAUCUCGUCUGGAUUAUCCAAAAUUACAUGACCAAGAUGUUUUCAACAAGAUCAAACACGAGGCUUUAGUCUCAGAGAUUGGAAUCCAGAUGAGAUUCUUUGAUACGGUUUACUUUGGUGGGUUUUGUCAGACGAGCAGAGACAUAAACUUGGUGUGUACAAUGCAUGCUAAUUGUUGUAUUGGAUUAGAGAAGAAGCUUCAUGAUCUUAAUCUUGUUCUUGAUGACUGGAGAAAGUAUCUGUCUUUAUCUGAACAAGUUCAGAAUACGACUUGGAGUGUUCCUAUGAAGUGUGUGUGAAUUCAAAGACUCGGAUUUGGGUUAGUAUGGGGGAAUUUGUUGUUUAAAUUUGUGUAUAGCAUAAAACUGUGAAAAUGGAUCUUGUAUUUUAAAGAAACAAUCUUUUUCAUUGUAAAACAUUU